UUGAGACGCGUGUGCUCCAAGAAGAAAAUCGGGCCUGGGACGUGCCAAUUGGAAAGCUGCCUUUUACGAACGGAUCCGCACAAACCGAAACUUUUUUUAUUGACGCUUAAUUAAUUUAUAUGAAUUUGUAUGCAAUCAAAUGAACAAACAGCAAAGGGACAACGCGAGAAAUAAAUUGUAUUGUGAAUGGAAAAGAUAAUCAACGGAAAUAUUUGAAUGUUUGUGGUUUCUAUAGAUUAAUAGUGGAAAAAGUAAUAUUUUACUAGCUUAAGUUUAAUCCUUAAGCUAAGUCGGUUUUAUAAAAGUUGAUCGUGUUAAAAAGUGAUUUUUUGUACUACAAGAAUGUGCUACUAGAGCAACGCCACUGGAGCAAUGGUGAAUCCGUCGCCAACCCGAGGUGGGGAGUCCUCUUUACCUCAAAUCCUACCGAACGAGAUGGAGAACGAUCUGGACAAGAGAAUGGCAUCACCACCACCUGCACCUGCGGGUAGCGAUGUCAUCGCCGAUGUUGUGGGUGACUUUGGCAUCUGGCAGCUGAGAACUAUCCUCAUCAUUUUUCUAUGCAAAAUCCCUGCCGCUUGGUUCAUGGCCUGCAUUAUCUUCACGGGCCCAGAACUUUAUCCCGGCUCGGAGUUCACCUGCGAUACCAGCUACCUGGUCAGCAAUAGUAAUUCCAACAUCAGUGUUUCGGAUAACCAGUGCUAUAUCCUGGACGAAUCAACUGGCAUCAGCAGCGAAUGCGAGCAAUUCACUUACGUUUCUAGAUUCGACUCCUUGAUCAUGCAGUUUAACCUGGUCUGUUUAAGGGACAUUUUUGUGGCAUGGACUCAGUACUGGCAUUUGUUCGGUGUGCUUGUCGGUGGUGUUGUGGGCACCAAGAUGAUGGUGGGAAUUAGCCCGAGAAGUACCUACUGUGUGGGAGCUGUGGCCCAGAUCGUUUGUGGAGUGGUCACUGGUUAUGCCAGGGAUUUCAGCCUACAUUGCGCUUUCCGCUGUCUGUCAGCCGUUUGCUGUGCGAUCAUGUUUACAGCUGGUCAGGCAAUAUUUGCCGAUAUCACGGCUGGGAUGCAUCGCAUUGGUGCCAUCAUCCUGUACGACACCUUCUGGUCAAUCGGUGUGAUCCUGUUGCCCGGUCUUUCCUCCUUCUUCAACAGUUGGUCUCUAAUCUAUGUGGGCAUCACAUUCCCAACUGUUAUGCUGAUAUUACUGCUCUAUUGGACCCCGGAUUCACCUCGCUGGCUGCUCCGUCAUGCCGUGGAUCGCUACUCCAUCGACAACGUUGAGGAAAUAGUACGGGAAGGAGCAGCAAUCAAUGAUCGCACCUUCAAGAUACCUCAAGACUUCCGACUUCAACUGGAGCAGCUGAGUGAACGGCUGAAGGCUCAACCGCCACCUGCUCCAUGGUGUGAAUUGUGGAAGGGAAAGCGGGCAAAGACGCACAUGGUGGCCGCCCACCUGGCACUGGCCUUCUUCGUCAUUAACUUCAUGGGCAUGUUGCUUAAUAUAAGGUCAUUUGGUAGGGACUAUCUGGUGCCAAACACCAUUGCUAUGGGAUUUUCGGAAAUCAUUGGCUGCUUCAUGGCUCUCCACUUUACACUGAAACACGACAAGUGGAAGUGGCAGUGUGCGGGGGUCUUCAAUAUAUUAGCUGGACUCCUUGGCUGUAUGGGCUGGAUCUUCACCAAUGCGGAUUCCAUGGAUGCUGAUUUAAAGGUCAGUUUGUGGAUGAUAAUUGCCACCAUUCCCAAGGCGGCUGUCUCUUGUGCCCAGUCGAUGAUCCUGGCCUGCAUGAACGAGCUGAUGCCGGCGAACAAAAAACAGCUAUUUGUCUUCUCCGUGGUUACCUGGGCAAGGGUGUGGCUUCUCUCGGCUCCAUUCUUCAAUGUUUUGAAAAAGAUCGAUACAGCAAUGUCCUUGACAUCGUAUUGUGUGUUCAGUAUAUUGGGCGGUAUCUGUACCAGUCUGCUCCUUACGCCCAGGACGAGUGUCUCACCGCUAGUGCCGCAAGUGGAAUCCAAUGACAAGAAGGAGCAAUCGCCUCUGAAUGCCCCAGUUUGGACCGUCGAAAACGAUGUCAACAAUACUCGAUUGUAGCCGGAGAAGAUCGCUAUAUUUUGCCAAUUUAUAAGCUUUGUAUUAGUCAGCUAAUUAAACAUUCUUCUGUGAUUAGGUUAAGUAAAAUGUUAUUUUAAAUGCUUGGAGUUUUACUACA